GUGUCAGAAAGCGACAAGGCUCAGCGCUACAUCGGCAGCCUCAAUGCCGCCCGUCUGAAUGGCGCCUGGACCGACGUGCCCGAGCUGGUCCGCAAGGUCGAUAAACACGCGCCGCACCGGAGAUGCCUGACCCUCGCUGCCACUUCCGAGGCUCAGACCGCGACGUCGUCUAACCGCCGUCCUGGAACCCAGACCUCGGCCGCGUCCCACACCAGUCUCCUGGACCAGACUCCCAAGCUCGUCCAGGCUAUCGAGAGCGAGCAAACCCUUCUUGAAGAUGCCUUCCAAGCCAGAGUUGCGCUCCAUGAGAUCUACUUCCUGCGCGCCGAGUGGUCCACCGUACUGGGUGGUCUCAAGGAUAAUGUCUGGUUGGAAGUUGCUCCUUUUGCAGAGUCGCCCGCAGAACUGAACCCCAACACCCGUCUGGCCAUGAUCAAACACUGCUACUUCCUGGGUGUUGCAUCCGAGCAAAAGUCAUCCCUAGACAGCGCUCUCCGGGUAUACAGCCAAGCCCUGUCAGCCAUUGACCAAGCUCCCGUAAAUCUGGCUGCUCUUUCCGAAUAUCGUACAUGGGCUGCCCGUCUGCUCGGUCGCAUCUGCACUCUCCAGUCGAAACAAGGUCACACUUCAACUCUCUCUACUGCGAACACCGCCUUGAUCUCAUAUAGGGCAUGGGCUCGCAUCUGGACUGGCGACUCGACCUCGAAGAUUGCUGCCCCGAGUUACUCCCUUGGUCCCUAUGAUGUCUCCAACAAGGAAGUCUGGGGCAUGUACUACAGUUUCCUCUCUUUCCUUCUCGCCACAGAUCUACUUUACACGCCCUCUGCCGAGUCACCCUUGGCUUUCUAUAACCCCAACUACCCCACCAGCGAUCUAGCCAAGAUGAGGUUGCGUCAAAGAUCCGAGCUGAAGCAAGUCGAGGCUGCCUAUGAAAGCGUGCUGCUCUACAAGACCAAGUUUCCUCAGGCAAACCAAUCCAAUGAGGAAGUCGAGCAAUGGGUUAAUUCCGUAAUCUCCAACUGGUCCAUAUUGUGCGGCCCGAGAUGGCGUGAACCCGACCUCGGAGAAGGUGGUAAGGCUGCUGUUAGUCGCAGUACCUUGGACAUUCUUUAUCGCGCCGCAACAAAGACUUUCCAUUCGACCCUAAUUCUACGUCACCUCUUUACUGUUCAUGCCUCGCUGGCCGAGUUCGACCUCGCUAUCAAAGCUUUCGACUCUUAUACAGAGAUCACAAGCCGGGCAAAGUCAAGGGCCGAGAAGACUGGACACAACGAGCCAGGGUUGGAUAGUGAUGACCUUGUAGUUCUGACCGCCGCUCAAGCUAUAGGCAUUCUAUGCAGAUAUGGAUCCCAAGCCGAAGGCGAGAAGGCUCUCGAAGUUUCAAAGCGUCUCUCUGACUGGCUCAAACAACCGCGUCCAAGUUCCGCUAUCACCGUCUCUAGAAAGGAUGAACAUGGUCGUCAACCGGACAAAGCCGCUAUGCACGACCAGACCGCGACUGGGAUUCUCAUCUCAGCCGAGUCUUCUGUUGCUGCUUACCGUGCUAUUGGUGAAAGUCAGGCCAACUUUGCUAGAUUGACCCAUGAUCCAGCGCAGAGAUCAGAAUACAGAGAGAUAGCUAUCAAAUCCUUAAGAAAGGCUGCCGAGAUGUCACCAAACGGCAAUCUUGACCCUGAGACUGCUCUAUUGCUCGGGACUGUUCUUGCCGAGAACCGACAGUUGUUGCCCGCUACUCAGAUUGUCAAGUUUGCUUUGGCUUCAUCACAAGACGACGAUUCUGGUCAUGCUAUGAAAAAGGGACAAAUGAUCCCUCUCUACCACCUCAUGUCUCUGCUUCUCACAGCCAGAGGCGAUUAUGAGCAUGCAGUUGAGUUCUGUGAUGUCGCCUUCGAACAGUAUGGCGGUGCCGACAUCAUGUUUGGAGAAUCUGAUGGCGAGGCUCUCAUCCUCCAAAUGGAAGACUCCGANAAAGAAGGAUUACUGCAACUCCGUCUGACGCAGCUGGCUCUUACCGAAAUGCUUGAUGACUCCGAAACGGCAGUUGACGCAGGCUCUCAGGUGCUUGCGCUUUACCAUAAGCUAUUCGGCACAUCAGCCAACGGCGUAGCACCAUCCCCAAGAGACACAGUUGAUCCAUCAGCGGCUUCCUUCGUCGCGCCUCCCUUGAAAUCAGAAGGUACAUUCAAGAGCGUAAGUGGUAGUAUAAUGAGACGAUCCAAGUCGACACGGAAAACCGCAGAAGGUACUGCACAAGAAAAGGACGUGCCUCCGCUUCCAACUGUCAACAACAACACUUCGACACCAGUAUCCACCACUACCGACGAAAACAUGUUGCAUGAGAAGCAACACCACAAAAUCCAUCUACCUCACCAUCCACUAAAACACCUCCAUCACCACGGACAUGCGACCGAUCCCGAAAAGGCUGCUCUCGCCUUCGACAAUGGCCCAGCUGUUCCAGCAAAAGAUGGCUCUGACCCGAACCAACCAUUACGCGAAUUCCCUCACAACCUUGAAUCCACGAAACAACCCGCACCUAUCGGACAUAAGGAUCAAUCGCCGUCGCAAGAUCUUCGUCUGCCAGCUCCGCAUCCGACAACGGCAUCCGCGGCACCUCGUCCGCGUUAUUCCUUUGCCAGACAGAGACGGCAUACUGUGUCGCUGCUUGUCGAAGUCUGGCUACAUAUCGCAGGACAAUAUACCCGCGGCGAGUUCUUCGAAGAUGCAGAAGGUGCAGUUGACGAAGCACACAAGCUAGCAGAAGAUCUCCAGCAAGUUGUCGCACGAGAAGACUGCUCUGCCAAAGCGUUUGACGAGAAGGGUUGGGGAGGUGGGCGCAGUGUGAACAGACUGUGGGCAGAUGUCUGGGCCGAGCGCGCUUCCCUAGCCGCAGCGAGGUUCCACCAUCACGAAGCACUGGCUGCCUACGAAAAGGCAUUAUCACACUACCCCGACCACGCCGCAGCAAUCGUAGGCAUCAGCACAAUCCUCCUGGACAUUUACGCCCAAGUCAUCCCUGCCGAGGCUCCUCUGCCUAACUCUAUCAUCGUUCCUUCCACACCAGCACCAACGAACCCCAAAGUCCUACCCACAGACCCAACCCCCAGUGUCGCAGUCCAAACAAGACUUGCAGCAAGGGACAGAGCAUACUUCUUACUUACAGCCCUGACGAAGAGCGGAGAAGGCUGGGACGAUAGUGAAGCUUGGAGUCUACUUGCCCGAGCACACGAGGAGAGUGGACAGUUGGAUAGAGCAAGAGAGGCAUUGUGGUUCUUGGUCGAGCUUGAAGAUGGUAGACCAUUGAGGCCUUGGAACGUUGUCAGCAGUGCGCUUUGA